GUCGCCGCCGCCCGCCCGCAUCGCACCACAUGCCCCGCCAUCCGCUGCGCCAAGAGUAAUGGCCACGCUGGCUUCGCCCUCCUCGUCGUCGCCCUCUUCGCCCUCGAGGACCAUGCGCCGCCGCUCCUGGGCCCGCAAGGUCGAGCGCUACUGCUGCGUCGCCGUCACCUACUUUCCCCUCUUCUUUGUCUACGGCCUCACCUCGUGGGCCGUCUGGGUGCAGGCCGGCAUCGGCUUCGCCCCGUCGCACAAUGCCUGGACCGGAAAGCUCUCGUCCGCUCUCGGCGUCUUCCUCUACCUCAUGCUCAACUGGAGCUACACAGCCGCCGUCUUCACCGACCCCGGCUCGCCGCUGAGCCUCAAGGACGGCUACAGCCAUCUGCCCUCGCAGGAGGGCGGAGAGCUGCACUACACGUCCUUCACCGUAAAGGCCUCGACGGGUGAACUGCGCUUCUGCAACAAGUGCCAGACAAAGAAGCCCGACCGCUCCCACCACUGCUCCACGUGCAAGCGCUGCGUCCUGAAAAUGGACCACCACUGCCCCUGGCUCGCCACCUGCGUCGGCCUCCGCAACUACAAGGCCUUUGUGCUCUUUCUCCUCUACCUGAGCUUCUUCUGCUGGACCUGCUUUGCCACGUCGGCCACGUGGGUCUGGAGCGAGGUGCUCAGCGACGGCCAGUACACCGAGUCCUUUAUGCCCGUCAACUACGUCCUCCUCGCCGUGCUGUCCGGAAUCAUUGGCAUUGUGAUUACAGGAUUCACCGCGUGGCACUUGUGGCUGACAGUCAAGGGCCAGACCACGAUAGAAAGUUUGGAAAAGACACGCUACCUGUCUCCCCUGCGAAACACGAUGAAACACCAGCUCAAUGACCGCAAUUAUGUCGAGGACCAGGCCAAUGGCCGAUUGAGCAUGGGCGACCACUUGCGCGAGAUCCACGCAAACGCUCUGCCCGGCGUCACCCGACCUGAAGAAGGUAUUCCCUCGCGCUCUACCUCGCGCUCCCCAGUUCCUGGCCAUGCAAACGGCUACUCGCACCCCCACUACCAGACAUACGAAUACCGAGAACGCCAGCAGUACCAGGAUCGUUACGAUAACUAUCUGGACGAGCGCGACAAUGAGCAACUCCCCAACGCAUUCGACCUUGGCUGGCGGCGCAAUCUUGGCCAUGUCUUUGGCCCUUCACCCAUGAAAUGGAUGGUGCCCAUACACAGCACAACAGGAGAUGGCUGGUCGUGGGAGGCUAGCCCAAAGUGGUUGGCUGUUCGAGAGCGCAUACGGCAGGAGAGACUGCGGGAAGAACAAUUGCAAAAGCAGCGUGAGCGCGCUGCAGGUUGGGGCGUCGAUUCUCCUACUGAAGCUGAAUUUAGGCGCCCCACUCGCGGUCCCGAGGGAUGGAUGCCCGGCCAACGCGCUCAGCCUGCCCCGCGAGCCAUAAAACGCCCCGAGUGGCAGACAGCCGUUAGCCACGGCGACCAGACUCAGUAUCUCACCACCUCCAAUGGUGUUGUAAGGGGUCCUAUUGGUGGCCGGAGAAGCCCGAGCAAAGCAGAUCAGAUCCUAGGAAGGGAACGCGGCAUGUACGCAGACGGCGACGUGCAGCUUCAGCCAAUCGACCGCCGAAAACUCGACCCAUACAACUACAUUUCCGAAGAUGACGAUGACUACGAAGUCUCCAGCGACGAACAGGCUGUCGACCAGCGAAAAGAUCAGCAAAAGGCCCAGCAAAAGGCCCAGCGGGUACAAACCGUAGCCGCGCCACCCAAGGGAACAUCGAAUUGGAACGACAUACCCGAAGGUUUCUUAGAUCCUGUCCCCAAGGGCAAGAAGAGUAUCAGCCAACAACAUGACGCAUCCAAAAAGAAGGGAGAUUGGGAUGACUGGGCUGCAUAGUAUAAUAUGACUGGCGAAUGGCUAACGAUAUGAAAGCAUGUCGAUCUGUAAAUGUAAUGUUGCAUAGCAUGAGCAUGGGCUCCGGCGUUUUGCAUGGGAUUAAAAUGUCUGGCUUGUACUUUAUGGUGAAAAAUGUACUUUUACCUGGUGCUUUGAUUUGGAAGACGUAGGGUG